AUGAAGAUCCUCGUUACAUCCUCUUCAUCCACAUGGUGAUCAAUGACGGCAUUCAACUUACUGUGACCUUCACACUUUUCAUCCUCAGCUACAUUUUCUACAAGAUCAACGUCUCGCUCUGCUGCUUCUUCGUCCUGGUGGCGGUCUUCACCACCAGAAACACCCCAGUCAGCUUGGCUGGGAUGGCCAUAGAGCGCUACAUUGCCAUUUGCAAACCUUUGCAUUACUCUCAAAUCUGCACAGUGAAGAGGACUUAUGCAGUCAUCGGAUUGAUUUGGUUUAUAUGUGUGGCCCCAGAUAUAACAGAUCUGUUUGUGACUCUGGCAACUGAGCCAUUAAGCUUUUUCCAACACAACUCUGUGUUCUGUUUGCGGGAGAGCGUGUUCAAAGAUCCUAUACUGGCUCAGAAAAGGAAAGCAUUUGAUAUUAUUUAUUUUUCAUGCGUUUUUCUUAUUCUGGUCUUUACCUAUCUGAAGAUCCUGUUUGCAGCCAGGGUGCUCUCCAGGGCUGACACGUCAGCCCAGAAAGCCAGGAACACCAUCCUCCUUCACGGUGUCCAGCUGGCCAUGUGCCUGCUCUCCUACAUCUCUCCAAGCGUGGAGAUUGUUCUACACGUUAUCUUCCCAGGUCGAAUUCUAGAAAUCAGAUUUGCAAACUACCUGAUUGUCUAUAUUCUACCUCGGUUCCUGAGCCCGAUAAUUUAUGGUGCCAGAGACAAGAAGUUCAAGAAGUAUCUCAGAAUGGACGUGCUGAGAUGCAGCUGCAAGUAUAAAGGAAAGCCAGUGGUCCCACUGAACAAAGACAGAAUGUGAAAAUAUUUUUUUGACAAUAGCAUUAAUAGAUGUUUGCAUUAUGGACUUUUGAUUAUGCUUGCCAAAAAUAACACUUUCAUUCAGCUAAAAAUAAUAAAUAUUUACAAUUUAAGUUUUGAAAAAUUACAGUUAAUUCUACCAUUGUUAUAAAGAUAACACUGAAGAAAAUCAAGCAAACAUUGGGACUUUUUACAGAAAUUCAAUUUUAAUAAUAUAACACACUUUAAUAAAAUAUGACACAUAUUGCUGAAACCGGAACUUUAUAGACACUGCAUUAAGAGAUAAAUAGCACUACUGCCUAAAUCAGAUUUUUGUUGUUAUUGUUGUUUUAGGCUAAAUAGUACUACCAAAAAUAUUUAUAUUUGCAUAAUGUUGCAAUAUUGAAACAACUUUGCAUGUUUUUUCAGUGUCUUUACAAUAUUUAUAGGCUUUUUCAUAAACAGUGGAAAUAUUCAGCCAUCAUAUUGUUCA